AUGAAGCGACCACUGAGUGUUGGUGAUCUUCAGCUUGGGGAGAGAUAUAUUAAUAUGGACUUCAUGUUUCUCCGAAGUCUCACAGGAACGGAGUUGAUCUCUCUCUUCGUUUCGUAUGACAUCGCAUGUCAAUGGCACGUCAAUCUAUGGGAUCGUAUGUCCCGCUACGAUCAUCAACUUCUUUCGAUCGACAAAGAUAACAAAUAUUUCGUCUUUCUCGUCCCCAAAUUUCACCUUCCUGCACAUAUCGAAGAGUGCAAUAUUCGAUUUUCAUUCAAUCUGACAAGAUCAGUAGGCAUGACCGAUGGUGAAGCGCCUGAACGCGUUUGGGCAGCCACGAAUCCAUUGGCAGGCAGCACGAUGAAUAUGGGUCCAGGUUCGAGGCGGGAUGCGCUCGAUGAUUUCUUUAAUGAUCAGAAUCACAAAAAAAUCAUCAACCUUGGCAGAAGUUUUCUGGACAAGGUCAAGGAGGCGGCACCAUUGGUCAUUGAAACCAAACAAGCCUAUGUUGACCUAGAAACUAGUUUUGCGCCCGAAACAGUCGCAAAAUGGACUCAAAUGGUGACCUUAUGGGAGUCCGGUGCGACAACACAGCCUAACCCCCACCCGAAUCCCUUCGAAAGCCAGAGUAACGACACAUUUCUGGCGGGGGUACGGCAUCAAUUGGCCGAAGAAGUUGCAGCUCGGGAAGCGGCAGGAACAGAGUCCAUCGGCUCCGUUCGAGAAGAUAUGCAUGUGACCGAGCUCAUUGCCGGCGGUCUCCAGUUGGAGGAGCAACAGUCAGUGAUUUGCGAAUUCUAUCCGCCCGAUAUGCUUGCGUUGAAAAGCCAUGCCACGGACCGUCAACGUACGCUGGUGGUAGAGCGGGCUAGCAAGUUGCGCCGCAAGAUUUUGGCCUGGACCGAUAUCCAAGCCCAGUUUUUCCCGGUGGUUGAUUGUCUCCGCCAAGAAGAAGAUGAUGCCCGAGCAGACAUUGCGGCGGGUCAGAGCCAAGCAAUUCCCGGCAUAGGCGUCACGCAAAUCAAUUUAUGGCUCCCAUCUGCUAUUCAACGGCGUAUACGCGGAAGCUGCUCGCAGGAGAUCAUCACCUACGAAUUUCGCCUCCGGGUUGGGCAGGCCAACGAAGCGCUGAAUACCAUCCGCCGUCUCCUUUUGAUUCGCACUCACCUUUAUAAUCAGAAAGAUCGCUAUUCACGCGGCGUCAAGGCAAAUACUCGCUCAAAUACAAAGAUUGCGGGGCUUGAAGAAAGGGUGCGAAGGGCUGCAGCAAUGUACCAUGCUGCGUGGGAUGCGCUCAAUGUGCUUGGGGAUAGCCUGGGUAACUCGGACUGGCAAACGAGCCUUAAAGAGCUGAAGGCCGACGAUCUGCGCGGGAUACCGCGAGCUCAGUUCGGGGAUCCGGCCCGACAACGGACCGGCCCGUCCGGCACAUCGGGCAGAUCUUCAGUGGAAGCGGAGGUGUCACUUGAUAGGCAAGCGAGCCAAAGAUCUGCAGGUCCGGCCCCGGGGCCAUCACAAACAAAGCGCCGUCGGAUGGGGGCCGUCGGCGCACCGAAGCUAUCCUGGAUUUGGGUUCAGCAAACUGUAAGUCGAAAGGAAGGAGAUCCAGAACACACUGAUGAAGCCCUGCGAAUUGAAUGGGCCCGGACCCGCGCCCGGGCCCUCCGAUGGUCGGAAGAGCUCGAUUUGUUAGAAGAAGAGAUGCGACGCGUCCAGCAGUUCCUCUUGUGGCGAGCCGAUUGGUGGGAAAUGCGAGCCGAAAUAGACGGGGUGGCAGCUGAUUCCGAUGCGCUGGAGGAGCUUGAAGGCAAGGCAGCGUAUGCACGGCAACAAGCACAGUUCCAACGCGAUCUUUGCGGCUCGUUCGCUCGAAUGUGGGGUCACCUUCCUGCAUAUAUCCUGGAAGCACGGAACCGCGCGGCAUCGCUGACCUCCGAGGACCUCGAAAGCGAAGCGGGAGCUGUUCGGGAUGAUAAUGUAGAGAAUGGCGCAGAUACCCCGGUUCCGUUGGGUCCUACAGGCGCUAUACUGACACUAGAAAAUGAAUGA